AUGGUUUCUACAAGGAAUGUCAUCAUUAACAAAAAAGGACAGGAUGACUCCAGACGAUCAAUAUCUGUUCGCUGUUUAACUGAUCGGCGUUCAUUUCAAUCACAGAAUAAAUCUGCACAUCGGCCGAGUACCCUUUCUUCAGUUAUUUCUGCUCUAGGCAUGUCAACAUCUAGAGAUGAAUCAGCCUUGCAAAUUGUUAUUUUUUGGGGUGAAGAGAGACAAAGACAACGAUUAAAACAUUUUGAAAAAAAGUUGGGUGGUCAACUUUCGACUUUUGGACAAAAUUUUACAAAAUUUAUGAAUUUUACUGGUGAAAGUGAAGAUUGGGCAAAGGAGAAUGUGGAACAUUACAUUAGCGAGGAGGAAUUUUAUUACUUUGAUGCCAAUGUUAAACUGAUAUUUAUUGAUGUACACGAGAAAAAAUCAUUUGAUCGGGCUUCUUCUGUCAAUAUAAGUGGUGGAGUUAUUCAACCUUUACAACGUCAACAGCUGCGUGCUGGUUCUUCGCUCUCAGUUGCCUCUUCAGGUGAAAGCACAGGACGAUCUCGACAACAGCAGUUGUGUACAAUUGUUGAAAGGGACCCAGACAAUACACUGGUUGGAGUUGGUUCAGUACAUGAUUCAACUGAUGAUACCUUGACUUUACUUUAGAGAGUUGUAAAUUUUUUAUAGAUUUAAUCUGUUGUUGUAAUUUAUUGUAAAGAUAGAAAUUAGAUCGUGACCCGGUCCAGUUUAUUAGUUUCCCCGUCCCAUUUCUAUCACUUUUAACUAUAUAAAUUGAAAAUUUACAAUCAUGUUCCUUUGUAAAUAGUAAUUUUUCAAUGGAAUUCAACGGCGUUACUAUUUCCUUAGAUUAAGUCCUAAUUGCACCAUUUGCUUGACGAUUUUUAAACAACGAAACAAAAAAGCCUUAGGCAAUUUAAAUUUUCAAAAUUAAAAAUGAAAGAAAUCGCUUGCUUGGCCUUACUAUUAAUUAACAUAAUUGGUUGCAUUAAUUUCUUUUCGAUUUGGAGGUAUAUCGUGUGAUAUGAGCGGAUUUAAGAGGUUUUUGUUAGGAUUAAGAGGGUUUGAAGGAAAUAAUGGUGAUAUCAGGGGAUUUGGAGGAAAGUUGGGAGAUUUGAAGUGAUUAAGAGAGGUCUCUAGUGUUGACU